UCAGGUGUGAAACCAUACAAAUGUGAGAAUUGUGGAAAGUCGUUUACUCAACGUUGUUCGUUAGAAUCCCACGGCAAGAAAGUUCAUGGUUCCGACUUCCGGUUUGAAUAUAAACAACGACGGAACAAGAUGUAUGUAUGUGAAGACUGUGGUCAUACGACACCUGAUCCUGAAAUCCAUUUCAUCCACCUGAAAGAGAAUCACCCA